AAAAAAACAAAAUAACAAAUCGGUAGCAUGUAUCUUUGACACUCUUCAACUUCUCGGCAAUUUCUCUGUGUUCGAUCUCGAUAAGAAGUGUGACCAGUCAACUACACUGGGGCAGCAGUUUCACGAAUCCACCACCCCGGGACCCUUGGAAACAAAAGUAGAUUGGGCAACUUUCGCUGUUUCUUACUGGUGCUCCGAUAACAACGAAGUGGGAUUUACCAUUCUCUUUUGUCUUCCACAUUCCAGUCACUGCUUUUUUUAGAAUUUCGGGUCCGCGAAAGGUUUCAAAUACAAUGGAGGAUCAUCCUUAUGGCAGUCAGUUUACUGACUACGCAGACGACUCAGAAGAGGAAUCUCAACCCCUCUCGUCAGGUUCAGGUCCUUUCGGUGUUGCCCGAUCCCCGAAUUCGACCUCCCCGGUCGAUCCAGCCUUUCCGCCAGGGUUCGACCAUCAUGCCGACGGUAGCUCUCUCAUGGGAGACGCACAGAUGCUGAUUCAAGACGGAUAUCGAUCGUCCGGAUCUUCGACACGACACUCCAGUGAGAACCUCGGCGGAUACCUGGACGAGGACCUGGCUUGUAUGAGCUCGGGAGAGUCCAGCCGCUCAUCGAUCUCGUCAAUCCCUGCUUCGGCGUACAUCAACAUGGCGGAGGGAUUGAAAGCGACCGUUUUGCCCGAGCACAGACAUUCUCACCCAUGGGACGGGCGUGACAUGCAAGCGCAUGGGAGGAUGGACGGCACGCUGCGACCGACCCCGGCCACCAGGCAGAGGGAGGCCGCGUUCCGGAAUCCGAGCUCCGUCAAGGCGAUGCAAAUGCAUACUGAGGACGAGAGGGACGAUGCCUUCCUGACACCGCCGAAGCGCCGGGCUGGUCAGCGCUACUCGGACAUCUCCAUGCGCUCGGUCGGCUCAUCGCCGUUACGGAAAUCCCAGUUCUACUCGCCCACAGGGUCGGCUUGCAAGCAGAAACCGAAGAAGGAAUACCCCCUUGUCCUUUUGCAUUGUAACUUGCUGCCCCCAUCGCUUCCGGUGCCAGGCGCGGCGGCGUAUCACAACCAGAAGAUUCUGAGCGAGGUGCUCCCUCCGGUCUUCUGGCGCCGAUGGAAGCUAUUGGAGGAGAAGGUGGGCUCCGGGACGCUUCGGGAGCGUGGGGUGCUCAUCUCGCAUCCGGAAGACCUGUAUGACUUGCUUGAGGAGCGAUUGUUGGAGAGCUUAGAGCUCCAGCGUUCACGCCUCGACCAUGGUCACUUUAUUGGGCACGAUGAGACGGAGUCGGAGAAGGAGGAUCGUUUGGACAGGGAGGACAGCGCCACGGACGGAGAAGAAGGGGAGGCAUGCCCGGACUGUGGCGGUCAUGUGAUCCGACAUGGCAACGCCGGGCGCAAAUGGGAGAUCAAGGUGUUCGCGGCCAACGGACUAAUGAGAGCUGGCGCUUGGGCCGCAGCUUGGAAGGAAAUGGAAAAAGUGGACGUCGAGGUUGGUCUGUGGCUGCCAUCGGAAAUCCGAAGGGAGUUGGAAAAGAGGCUCAUGGAGGAAGAAUACUCCUACCAACUCGACCGCCAACUGCAGGUGCCGCAGCUGCAGGUGCCCGGGGGCAGUGACUCAGUCGAUCCCUCCCGUCCCCAAGCCCCACACGCGCGCACGCCAAGCUCAGUCACAGUUGAUCAGUCUUCCACAAUUGAAGAAACGAAGUCACCGUCGCCUCCGGUUGUGGAGAAGCCUGCACCGGUCGAGAAACGACAGCCAGAACCAUCUUAUCCUCACCCCUCGAGUGAUGAGAUUGACCUUCAGACAUUGUUGAUCAAUUAUGUCCGCGUGCUGGCUAGUGACCGACGCAAUGUGACCAUCGCCAUUUUGAGCAUUCUGGUGGUUUUCUUCGCAAUCCAGUCGGCCUCUCAUACAACUCCCUCGGCUCUCCGUCCGUUCCCCCAUGAUUUCAUGGAAGCCGAGUCUCAUGAUCUGCCUGUUGUUUUAGUCAACCCAGUUCAGAACGCCCACGACAACAUUCAGACUGACUCCGUGAGUCAGGCCGCUGAGAUCCCAGCGAGCCCAUAUACCGAUACCAUUGCUGAAGCAGUGCCCAUGUCGGUGAGUAGCAAUUCAGAUCCGGCGAGCACGAGUGUUCAACCUGCUCUGGUAUCUGAGACCGUCGCUGAACCAGUGCUCAUGUCUGCAAGUGACGUAUCAGAGCUCGUGAGCACGAACAUUGAAUCUGGUAUCGUACUGGACACCGCCCAUGAAGUUGUGCCGUUGUCUGUGACUGACAUUUCAGAUUCUGUGAGCACGCGGGUUCACUCUUCUGUCUUGUCCGCAGCAACUGCCCCGAUUGCAAUGUCCGAGCCCGACAAGGAACUUCAUGAGUCGGUCGAAAGCUCUUUGACAGAGAGUCUUCUUCCUUACUCUCAACCUGAUCCGCAACCACCCAAGUCCCUUUACACGGCUGUGGAGCCAUCAUUGAGAGCGAUCGCCUUGCUCGAAGGGCAGACCCCAAUUCUGGAUACUCUGAGCCCGAUUAUGGAACUAUCGCUGGACAAAUGAAUGACCUGAUGAUUGUAAAUGUAGGAAUCUGAUUUAUGACCGACAUGAGAUGAUUUGAUAUGCGGCAAGGAAUUCGGGCUUCGUGUGGUUCUUCCAAGCUUUUCCUGCUUUCCACUUGUUCCUUUCCUUCCAAGAUUGUUUUUAGCCUUUCCAUGUAUUUAGUGUAUGUUAACCAGUGGAUUGUUCUUUCC